AUGACCGAAGAGAUGAAACAGUUCACCAUCAAUGAUGUCGCGGCCCACAAGGACGCAGAGAAGGGGAUGUACAUUGUCAUCGACAAUGGAGUCUAUGAUGUAACUGCGUUUGUCGAUGAGCAUCCGGGGGGCGCCAAAAUCCUGAAGCGGGUUGCUGGAAAGGAUGCUAGCAAGCAGUUCUGGAAGUACCAUAAUGAGGGUGUGCUUAAAAAGUACAGUGAAAAAUUACAGGUUGGGACUGUUAAAGAGGAGGCGAAACUUUAG